AUGGGUGUCCCAAAAACCUUGAUGACUUUUCUUCUCCUUGUCAUAUUAGGAGUUUCGUUAUCCAACCAGAUUGUUUUUACCUCAGGUGCAGAGAUUGAAAAAUUUUCGUAUGAUCAUUGCUCCACUUUAUGCGUGGAAGGGAAAUACGGAACGGAUUAUUGCUUUCACGACUGUAUUGAAAAGGGAUUUAGAACUGGUGACUGUGCUUCUCCAAAGCGUGAAGGCCCAUAUCGGUGUUGUUGUUAUAAUUAG